AACAAUACUGCGCUUCCGCUGUACAACGUCGUGAAUUACUUGGACUAGCAAAAUGGUGAGAGGCUGGCAUAAUGGCCUCAUUGCACUAUAGAAGUGCAUCAGCCACGGAUCGACGAGGCACACAGUUUUCUAGCGGCCCUGCACGCGUCAACUCCGCCAAAUAUCAAGACUACGAACGAGCGUCAGCGCGAGAUACAGCCUCCCCGAUAUUUCCAGAUGGCUACAGCGAGGCGCCGGACGGGAGACAUAAACACACAAAAAGCGAGAACCGUUUCAGUGGGCUAGAUCGGCGAAAAGAGAAGUCUACCAUCACAACAACCGAAACCUUCAUUACAAGAACAAGUCCCAAGAAGGGGGCCAAGGUCGCUGAAAGCAAUCAUGGCCGCCAUACGAGCACAGCAAGUCCAAUACAGAAUCGACCAAACAAGGAGGAGAACGCUUUGCCGUGGGGCCCAGUUGUGUCCUUGAUUCCGCACUCAUCAGCACCACUUGCGACCCGAAUAACCUCACCACCUCUAUCGCGAACUGCACCAGCAGACCUCGACCCAAUUCCACUUGUGGGCAUGACCAUGCAAGAUCAGGAAAAGGCGAUACUCGACGACUUGUUAUAUGUGUUUAUGGGGUUCGAAGGGCAAUACGUUAGAUUUCGUGACUCGUACAACCCGAACGAGGAAAAGGAACGACUCAAUGGCCCAGCAUUUGAUCCUCUACCGGGCCUUGACCCAAGCCUAAAAGAUCUUACAUCAUCUAUGCUCUCCAUGGCGACGCAUCAUUGCGCUAUUGAGGCUUUUAUUGAGGUACAAAGUCAAGAGGAGUUUGGCUCGGUCAAUCAUGCUCUUUGCGCGGCAAUCCGAAAGUUGCUCAAAGACUACCUUAUCUUGAUUGCACAGCUCGAAAUGAAAGUGUUGACAGAUGUCAACUUUACACUCCAUCAAAUGCAUAUUGCGAUUAUCCCCACCGCGCAAUGUCUGGCCCAAUUAUAUUCCCUCGCACAAGAGCUUCUGAAGAAGAACUCACUUCUCGAAGAAGACCUGGACGAUUCAUUGGACGAUUUUGACCCGGAUAACAUCAUUGAGCGUCUCAAAGAAGGUGGAGAUUUGCUGCCGGGAAGUCUGAGCAAGAAGCGCUGCAUUGGGGGUAACGUCUUGGGGCUAUUGUCAAAUCGUUUGUCCACAUUUUCGGGAGAUCCAGCUGCAAGGGCAAUCCUUGAGAUGCUGUUGCGAGAGUCAAGUCGUCCAUACAUGGUGAUGCUUAAUGAGUGGUUGCACCGUGGUGGUAUCAACGACCCUCACUCGGAAUUUCUCAUUGGUGAAAGGGCAAGCAUCAAACGGGAGCGCCUGGAUGAAGACUAUACUGAUGAGUAUUGGGAAAAGAGAUAUUAUAUUCGGGAUAAGGAAGUCCCUCCUCAAUUGGAGACCGUCAAGGAAAAGGUGUUACUGGCUGGGAAGUACCUCAAUGUUGUCAGAGAAUGCGGUGGGGUGAACAUCAGCAGUAAGAUUGUGGACACACCUGCGACAUUCGACGACCCUCGUUUCCUCGACAAUGUCAACAAUGCAUACUCGUUCGCCAAUAAAGAGUUGCUGCAUCUUCUUCUAACCAAGAACUCACUCAGAAGCCGCCUGCGGUCGAUGAAGCAUUACUUCUUUCUUGACAGAGCCGAAUUCUUCCUCUACUUUCUCGAAUUGAGUGAUUCAGAGUUGCGGAAAAAGCAGCGUGAUAUUAACAUUGGGAAGUUGCAGUCUUUACUUGACUUAGUACUGCAUCAGCCUGGCAGCAUCGCAGUGGCAGACCCAUUCAAAGAGGAUGUCAACGUCAGGAUGAACUCUGUGGGGUUGACUCAGUGGCUUAUCAAGGUGGUUAAUGUCCAAGGAAUCGAUCAGGACAAUCCAGAUUCGAUAGCGGAUCAAUACAAGACACCGGCUCAGAAUUCCUCCGCCGAUAAACAAAGCAAGGACAAGAGAGAAGAUGAGAAGGACAUCAUCGGAUUCGAUGCGCUUGAGCUGGACUAUGCUGUUCCCUUUCCUCUGUCGCUAAUCAUCAGUCGAAAGACUGUGAUGCGCUACCAGCUGAUUUUCCGAUAUACCUUGGCACUACGACAUCUCGAAACACAACUAGUUGGCUGUUGGUCUACACAUACCAAAGAAAAGGCAUGGAUUCACAAAUCUUCGGACAAGAGAUUCGAAAUGUGGAAACGUCGGGUAUGGACCUUGCGCUCACGAAUGCUGGUUUUCGUCCAGCAAAUGCUCUUCUUCGCAACUGCGGAAGUGAUUGAGCCUAAUUGGCAAAAGUUGAUGGUCAAGGUAGAUGAUGCAGAACGGGACGACACUGAAGACAUCAAAUCUGGUCUAAACACGAAAUCAAAGCCAACGGUGGAUGAAUUGAUGCAGGAUCAUGUCGACAUGCUGGAUUCAUGCAUGAAAGACCUCGGACUUACGCAAGCCAAAUUGCUCAAACUGCACGCCAAACUGAUGACGGGCUGUGGCAUGUUUGCUUCAUAUGUGGAGUACAUCACUAAGUCCAUCUACGAAGCCGAUCCUAGUAUUCAGGCCGGCAAAGGUGUCCCUGCUGGGCCCACGGACCCGGCGCGGAUGAAGAGGAUUGAAGAGUCAAUCAAGAAAUACGAGGAGCAUUUCAAUCGGCACUUGAAGAUUCUCAUCGAUGCUCUGAACUGGUUUGCCACCACUGAAACAGUGUCAUUGCUGAGCCUCUGCGGACGAUUGACAAACGCCGAGGUGCAGAAACGGGAUGACUUGUUCGUCUAAGCUAAAGGCCAAGGCAUUUGAUGUGUUUCGAAUAAAGUGUUGUGUUUGUGAAGCUGUCUCCUAUUUAGGGGAGUGCUCUUCUGGGUUUGAUCGCCUCAUCAUUGGCCAUUGUGUAAUGAAAUGACCUUGACGAUAUGUAUGAUUAGAUUUUACGAAGGUUCCCAAUGUUUACAGAUCUGGAAACAAUUGAAGAA